AUGGCCUCCACUAUAGUCGCCGGCAUGCUGAACCGGCUUCACGGCCAGCCCGAGAGCUACGAUAAGAAGUCAAAGUACAGAUUCGGUCGAACCCUCGGUGCUGGAACAUAUGGAGUCGUUCGUGAGGCCGAUGGCCCUACUGGCAAGGUCGCUGUAAAGAUUAUCCUCAAGAGAAACGUCAAGGGCAAUGAGCAGAUGGUCUAUGACGAGCUUGAGAUGCUCCAAAAGCUCAAGCAUCCUCACAUUGUCAAGUUCGUCGACUGGUUCGAGUCGAGAGACAAGUUCUACAUCGUAACACAGCUCGCCACCGGUGGUGAGCUUUUUGACCGUAUUUGCGAGCAGGGCAAAUUCACAGAGAAGGAUGCUGCCGAAACCAUUAAGCAAGUUCUACUUGCUGUCGAUUUCCUUCACAAGAACAACAUCGUUCACAGAGAUCUCAAGCCCGAGAACCUUCUAUACCUUAGCAAAGACCCCGAGUCCACCCUCGUUCUGGCCGACUUUGGUAUCGCUAAGAUGCUUGACGGAAAGGGCGAAUCUCUCAAGACUAUGGCUGGCUCUUUCGGCUAUGCCGCCCCCGAAGUGAUGCGUAAGGAGGGCCACGGAAAGCCCGUGGAUAUGUGGUCCAUGGGUGUCAUUACCUACACCUUGCUAUGCGGUUACUCACCCUUCCGAAGCGAGAACCUUCAGGACCUUAUCAGAGAGUGCACUGAUAACUCGGUCGUCUUCCACGAGCGAUACUGGAAGGACGUUAGCGGCGAUGCCAAGGACUUCAUCCUAAAACUCAUCGACCCUGAGCCUGAUCAGCGUUGGACGAGCGAGCAAGCAUUGAGCCACAUCUGGCUCACCGGCGAGAACGCUACCGACUACAACUUGUUGCCCGAGAUCAAGUCGUUCCGCGCCAGAAGCCGAUUCAGGCGUAUUAUCGAGAAGAUCAAGCUCCAGGCUCGUAUCGAGAAGCUCAAGGCCUUGGAAGAGGAUCCCGAGAACUCGGAUCUGUCGGCAAUCUUCUCCGAAAUCGCCAGAGCAAAGCUUGCCGACGAGAAAGAGGAGAAGGAAAUUCUCCGCGUUACUCAGGAGGUCGAAAAGGAUGUCAAGCGCCGCAGCUUCCAGGCUUAA